CUGUUUUAAAAAAACCCGUAUUUGUUCUCACAGACAUUCACAGACACCGAACAGAGAAACUUUGCGGGCCCAGAACAAGAAAACUUUGUUUGAAGAAUGAUGUGUUUUUUUUCACUACUACUAUGAAGAACUCCCUAGUCUACUGUUUGAAUGGUAAAAAGGCGAACGAAACGGAGAGAGUUAUUCUGAGCAUCUUCGUCGGAGUUGCUUUCGGGUUCUUCCUCGGUGUGUCGUAUCCGGCUCUAACGUCCAGUAAGAAUAUUUUUAGGAAGAAUGUUAUUAAUAGCCUAAUCUUGCCAGCUAGAGAGUAUGUGAUUCCAACAGCAGGGAGCAGUAAUAACACCUCUGCACAAACUCAAAAUAUUACAAAUUUCACCGAUGGGAUUUGGGUUCGAUCAAACCCGAGAGGAGCAGAAAGAUUGCCUCCUAAAAUUGUCGUUACCGAAUCGGAUUUCUUUCUCCGACGCCUAUGGGGAACCCCUAGCCAGGACUUGGCAAAGAAGCCAAAAUAUUUGGUCACAUUUACAGUGGGUUAUAACCAGAGGAAGAUCAUCAAUGAGGCAGUGAAGAAGUUUUCAGACAACUUUACCAUUUUACUGUUUCAUUACGACGGUCGAACGUCCGAGUGGAACGAGUUCGAGUGGUCAAAGAAUGCCAUUCAUGUCACUGCUAAUAAACAGACCAAAUGGUGGUACGCGAAAAGGUUUCUGCAUCCCGACAUUGUCGCGCCCUAUGAAUAUAUAUUCAUCUGGGAUGAAGAUCUAGGCGUAGAGCACUUUGACGCCGAAGAGUACAUUAAGCUUGUGAAGAAACAAGGAUUGGAGAUUUCACAGCCAGCUCUCGAGCCCCAAAAGGGUGUUGGUAUAACAUGGAAAAUGACUAGGAAGAUGAAAGGCAAUAGUGAAGUUCACAAAGAAACAAAAGAGAGGCGUGGAUUGUGUUGGGACCUUCAUCAACCUCCGUGUGCAGCGUUUGUCGAGAUCAUGGCACCCGUCUUCUCUCGAAAUGCAUGGCGUUGCGUGUGGCAUAUGAUUCAGAAUGACUUGGUCCAUGGUUGGGGUCUUGAUUUUGCACUUCAAAAGUGUGUUGAGCCACCAGCUAGUGACAAGAUUGGAGUCGUCGAUGCUCAACCAAUUGUUCAUCAUGGCAUUCCAUCGCUUUCGGGAAAUAUAGAUAAUGGAGAAUCUAAACGGACAGAGGUGAAAGCGAGGAGUCGAAGAGAGUGGAAAAUGUUUAGGGAGAGGAUAGAAAAUGCAGAGAGGGCAUACUAUAAGUCAUUGGAAGCUGACCUUACAAAUUGUACCAUUUGUAGAGCUCAUUGACUACACCAUGAUAUACAUAUUACAUAUAAAUAUAGAUAGCUAGGAUCAUACAUGAUGACCAUACACAAAAUCAUGAACUUUAAUUAGUAUGACUUUAAACUUUAAUUUAAUUGAUAUAUAGAGAAGGGGGAUUACAAUUGAAUGCUUCUGAUACACAUCCAUUUCACCUCAUUGUUGUACUAAUUGAUAUAAUCCUUGUAGACCAUUAAAUACUAUUACUAAAUUUUAUAAGUUUAU